AUGGCUGCUGUCUGUGAUUACGGAGCAGAAUAUGCAAAGUUGCGCCUGCAUAACCCCUUUUUGAUCGGUUGGGUGAGCGGUGCACUUACCCUGUUAGUGGCUGGAUAUGCCACCGAUUCAGGUCGCGAAUUGGUUUCGAAGCGGCCUCCAUCUCCCACGGUCAACUAUGGUAUGGUGUCUUUUCUAAAUAUUAUCGAAUCGACAAGGCGGAUACUUUCCUUCCCAAAGUCUCGUAGUGUUACAAACUUCAUCUCUUUGUUACGCAUCGCAAUACCUUCCUGGAGGUCCAAAGAGACAGGCAUUAUUUUUAUCCUAAGCAUCUUCAUGAUUUUGCGUACGGUGGUAUCGGUAAAUCUGGCAAAAAUGAUGGGGCGGUUAGGCCGAACGGUUAUUGAGUGCAACAAGCGCUCCCUUUUCAGGGACAUUCUUUUAUUCUUUUUAGCUUGCAUUCCAGCAGCGCUGCUUAACACCAGUCUGGACUACUAUAGGGAGGUUCUGGAGCUGUGCUUCCGUCAAAACUUAACCACUCACUUUCAUCGUCGCUAUAUAACUCGAAAAGUUUUCUUUCGUCUUGCCGGACUUCACGAGAUCAAUCAUGUCGAUCAUUACCUCACUAAUGAUAUCCAGAGCUGGUCUGCUGUUUCUGCGCGUUUAUUCACAUUCAUAACGCGGCCUUUGUGCGAGGUUGUCACCUUUUCUUACUUCUUGGGAAGACAGACGGGAUAUGCUGGCCCCUCCCUUGUCUGGGGAUAUUACAUCGGAUUUCUAUAUCUCCUCCUAAACCACGCUCCAAACCAGGACGAAUUAAUAGAACAACGCAUGGAGAAGGAGGCACGAUUCCGCUCAUCCAUCCAGGAGGUUUUGUCAUACGCAGAGGAAAUUUGCUUGAGUAAUGGGGUUCAGUAUCGUAAAAAAAUUCAUUCCCUCCUUGCGGCCGAUAUUGCGGAUCAUGACAGAUAUGAGUGCUAUUUGCAGACGCGUUUUGUGAUGCUGGAGCGGCUCUACACACUGUACGGCUCACGCGUAGUAGGUUACCUGGUAUCUUUUCUUUCUCUCCUCCGUACAGGGCCGAAGGCGUCGGUUGCCGACCUAACAGCUAUCUACUCGGAAACCAGCUAUACUUAUCAUAUUCUCGCCAAGUCGGUUUAUCGUCUAAUUGGAAACGUGAAGCUUUUUUUGGUGGUUAGCGGGUACACCCAACGUCUGUCGUACCUCAUGGAGAGUCUUGAGGAGGUGGAGAGAAAGGCGGAUCUAAUGCAGAAUCUCACGUAUUGUUCCCCAGUUGCCAAGAAUGCCCCAAUGCUGGGGGACCAGGACAAUUCAAAACCAUCUUUUCCUACCGCCCAUGGCCGCAUCGUACGUGGGGAUCACAUUGAGUUCAUUGACGUUCCACUAACUCUUCCUAAUGGUGAAAUAUUAUGUUCUUCGCUUUCAUUCUUUGUGAAGCCUGGAAUGAAUGUGCUGGUCAUGGGGCCGAACGGGUGCGGCAAAUCGUCGACGUUUCGUCUCCUUGGAGAGCUAUGGCCUCUUUACGGCGGCCGCAUCAUCAAACCUGCGCAGGAACACCUGAGUUACAUGCCUCAGCGGCCAUAUAUACACGACGGGACAUUAUUUGAACAGCUGAUAUACCCCAUAAAACGGAAGAAUGCCGAUGUGAGUGAGGCGGACUUGUACAAGUACCUGCAGCUUGCUGGAUUGGACUAUAUUUUUGAAAAUCCGGAGAUAUCAUGGGACACAAAGCUGUCAAAAUCCAGCACCGUUCUCUCGAUGAGCGAGAAGCAGAGGCUAGCGAUGGCAUGCCUGUUCUUUCACGGCCCACGAUUCGCGAUUCUGGAUGAGUGCAGCAGUUUGGUAGACUUGGAUGUCGAACGGCUUUUCUACACUACUUGCCGGAAUAUGGGAAUCUCCGUCAUCACGAUUGCACACCGGCGGACGGUGUGGCAGUACCACAAGUGGAUUCUGUAUUUUGAUGGCUGUGGUGGCUAUUUUUUCUCCCCAGUUUGCUUUGAGGAUCAGGGAUCAACACUUCUGCUGACAAAUGUGAUAUCUGGGUCGGAUCCAAGCAAACUUGGAAAGGAAAUGAGAAUCAAGGUUUCCAAUUACUGGGAGGACGAGUUGAUCUCAGACAAAAUUGCGAUGCAGGGAUGA